UAUAUUGUAGAUUUGGAUAUGGAUCCCAGCAACAGUGCCCAAGAUGUCGUCCGAUGUGACCUUUGUGAGAAAGCUAUCGUGCAGAUGUACUGUGAUUUCUGUCAUGUCAAUCUGUGUAUUCCUUGUAUAGGAAAACAUAUUUCUGAUGACUAUAAUAAACAUAUUGUGGUCCCAUUCCAACAAAGAAAAUCUACUUUGAUUUAUCCACAGUGCACAAUACAUGAUAAAAAAAGAUGUAAAUUUCAAUGUGAAGAAUGCAACACCUCUGUUUGUUCUUUGUGUACUAUAUCUGAAACACAUAAGGGGCAUAACAUUUCAACUCUUUUGGGUAUCUAUAAUUCAAAGAGAGAAGUCAUUGGAAAAGAUGCUGAAGAAUUAGAAAACAUAGUUUCUCCAGCUUAUGAAGAAAUUGCAACUGAAAUAGAAGCUCAGAUUGCUAACCUGGAUGGAGAAUAUGAAAAACUUACAACAGCAGUUACAAAACAUGGAGAAGAAUGGCAUAAGGAAAUUGACAAUACUGUAAACAAAAUGAAAACAGAAAUUGAAGAGAUAAAAAUCAAACAUGUGAGCAUUCUGAAAAAACAUUUAGAUGAAAUUAAACAGAUACAAAAUCUGAUUGAACAAACACUACUUAGAUUAAAUAGAAUAGAUGAAUCAAAUGAAGUGUCUAUGACUAUGGAAUACAUUUCUAAAAUCAAAGAAUUAAGCAAACUUCCACAUAAAGUUACGGUAUCACUGCCAAUAUUCAAUCCUAAGUCAAAAGAUACAGAGCAACUUUAUAAGUUGUUUGGAUCUUUAACACCAUUAUCCACCAAAUCAGAAGAGAAUGGCUACACACUGAAUAAACCAGAGACACCAACCAGAAAACUGCUGGAAGAACUAGAACUUAUCACUUCUAUAAAUACUGGGUAUGAAAACCUUCGCAGUGUCACUUGUAUCAGUGAAGAAGAAAUCUGGACCAGUGCAGAAGUCAGUGAUAUGAAAUGCUUUAACAUCCAAGGCUCACUUAUCAAAACAAUCAAAACAAAAUCAGGGGAGUGGCCAGGUGAUAUAGCAGUGACAAGUGAUGGGAGUCUAGUGUACAAUGACUGGAAAACAAAGACUGUGAAAAAAGUAAAGAAUGGACAGAUAGAGGAGGUUAUCAGACUUCAGGGCUGGACACCCAACAAUCUCUGUGUCACCUCCACUGGUGACCUCCUGCUUACCAUGUUCAGUAAUGAUAAAACACAAGCCAAAGUUGUCCGUUACUUGGGCUCUACAGAGAAACAAGCAAUCCAGUUUGAUGAUGAGGGUAAACCUCUGUAUUCAGGAUAUCACUACAUUAAAUACAUCAGUGAGAACAGAAACCUGGAUAUUUGUGUGGCUGACUUUAAAGCAGGUGCUGUAGUGGUAGUCAAUCAAGCUGGAAAACUCCGAUUUAGACACACUGGUCAUCCUUCUGCUACAAAGAUUAAACCAUUUAAACCCCGUGGCAUCACAACAGACAGCCAGAGUCAGAUCCUGACAGCAGACUGUAACAACGACUGUAUCCACAUCCUAGACCAGGAUGGACAGUUCCUCCGUUAUAUAGAUAACUGUGACCUGAAGGAUCCAUAUGGUUUAUGUGUGGACAAAAAUGACAACUUGUUUGUGGCUGAGUGCAGAGGAAAUGUUAAAAAAAUUAAAUAUUUACUGUAAUAUUACACCUCAUAAUAAUAAU